AUGUCCUCACAACCGCAGACCGCCGACCCCAACGCACCGCUCUUCGGCGUCGCCCACAACGUCUCCCGCCCGGCCCUGACAGCCUACACCUGGGCCAACGUAGCCACCUCGUACAUCUUCCUCUCCCUCCGCCUCUUCGUCCGCUGGCGCCGGAACCGGCACCUCCUCCGUGACGACGUCUGGAUGGUCUUUGCCUGGCUGUGUCUCCUGACCAUGGCCAUCCUCCAGAUGCAGCAGAUGGACUCGCUGUGGUACGUCGUCGAGCUCGAGGCGGGCAGGUUCGUCCCCGCGUCCAAGAGGGAGGCGGAGUUGCAGCUGGAGCAGUGGUUGCGCUGGUCGUAUGCGCUCACGUAUCUCUUUUGGACGGGGUUGUUUGCGGUGAAGGCGAGUUUUUUGAAUGUGUUUUUCAGGCUUGUUAGUCCCAUCCCGUGGCUACGCAAGGUCUGGUAUGGGAUUGCCAUGUUUUGUCUCCUUUCGUAUAUUGGGGGAUGGCUUUCGGGGUCGCUCAUUUGUGAUACUCCAUCCGACUACUUCCGGGCAGGAAAAUGCCUCUCCCCAAAGGAAGUCUACUAUUACCGCUUCGCCAUCUUCUUCGCAACAGCAGCCGACGUCUUUACGGACCUGCUCAUCAUGAGCCUACCCAUCGCCGUUCUCCCCUCGCUCCAACUCGACUUUCGCAAAAAGUUUGGUCUUGCGGUAGCCUUCUGCCUGGCCCUCAUCACGAUCCUCACAGCCAUCGUCCGCAUGACGCAGGUGCUCAAGGGCGAGACGGUGGACAUGGUGGGCCUGGCCGUGUGGAGUCUCACCGAGCUCGGCACCGCCAUUAUCGUGGGAUCGCUGCCGCCACUAAAGGCUCUCUUGACGCGUGGGAUGAGAAAGUAUAACGGGAGCAGGACGAACCGCAAUAAGUCGUACAUCAACUGUAGAGGCGAGCCCAGUAACGGAUACGGCCCGAAUAAUACGUCUCGGUCCGUCAUGGUUGCUGAGUCGAUCCCGUUGGACAACAGGCAUAGGAGCGAACAGUUUGAUGGGGGGAUAUAUGUUCAGAAGACAUGCGAAGUUCGUGUAGAGGGUGCUUCGAAGAGAACGAAUGAUGAGGAAGAGGGAGUUGUGACGAAGAGUUUUGCUGCAAAUAGACCUCCAUAG